AUGGCCACAACCUCGGAGCACUCCGCCGCGGCAGGGGACCUCCGCCAAUUCCUCAAGGAACUUGAGGAUGAGAACGACCUUCUCGUCAUCAAGGAAGAGGUCGACCCCGCUAUGGAGCUUGCGGCAAUCACGCGCCGAGUGUACGAGACCGAGGAAAAGGCGCCCCUCUUUGAGAACAUCAAGGGCCGGCAAGGUGACGGUCUCUUCCGCGUCCUCGGAGCUCCUGUUGGACUGAGCCGAGUUCCCGGCCAGAGACUCGGACGCAUUGCAAAGUCGCUGGGCCUUCCUUCCACAGCUUCUGGAAAGGAGAUCAUUGACAAGAUCAACUCUGCUAGGGGCCUUCAGCCGCUGGACCCGACCAAAGUCGCGACGGGGCCAGUCAAGGAGCAUAAGCUCUUUAACGACGACAUAGACCUGACCACCCUCCCGACUCCCCUCCUGCAUCAGCACGACGGAGGGAAGUUUAUUGAGACCUUCGGUAUGCACAUCGUGCAAACGCCCGAUGGCUCCUGGACAAACUGGUCGAUCACCCGGGCUAUGACCCACGACAAGCGUCAUCUCGUCGGCCCAAUUAUCCCAAAACAGGAUAUCGGGGUGAUCUACCAGAUGUGGAAGGACAAGGGGCAGGAUAUGCCGUGGGCAUUGUGUUUUGGCGUGCCCCCCGCAGCAAUUAUGGUUGGCGGGAUGCCGAUCCCCAAGGGCGUUGAUGAAGCCGGGUUCAUCGGUGCAUUGGUUGGGAAGCCCGUCGACGUCGUCAAGUGCGAGACGAACGACAUUCGGGUCCCCGCCAAUGCGGAGAUCGUCUUCGAGGGUACGGUCUCUAUCUCCGAGACGGCCCCUGAAGGCCCCAUGAUGGAGUAUCACGGCCACGUAUGGCCGGGCCAAUCUAAGCAAUGUCCACUGUUCAAAGUCAAUGCAAUCACCUACCGCACCGACCCCAUCCUGCCCAUCUGCAUCACCGGCAGAGCCACCGAAGAGAGCCACACUCUGUGGGCGCUGACGAUUGCCGCCGAGGUACUGCAUCUCUGUCAAUCCGCUGGCCUCCCAAUACAGAUGGCCUGGUGUCCGUUCGAAUCCCAUGCUAUCUGGUAUGUCAUCCAGGUAGACCGGCAGAAGCUGCGGGCGUUGAAGACCAACAUGGCCGACUUCUGCACCAAGCUAGGCCAUGUGGUAUUUGGUUCUAAGCCCGGUUGGUACAUGGGCAAAGUGUUCUUGGUCGGCGAGGACGUUGAUCCCACGAAUCUGCGCGAUGUUAUCUGGGCGGAAUCGACGCGGUGCGAGCCCGGCACGAGCGAGUUUCUGUUCGACGAGUAUGGCAACAUCCCGUUGAUUCCGUACGUAGGACAUGGCGUUAAGCCCGAGCGCAACCACAAGAAGGUCGUCAAGUGCUGCAUGCUUCCUUGCGAGUUUGAGGAUGAGGAGCUUGCUUGGAAGGUUGGCUCUUUCCGUGGGUCUUACCCUGCCGAUGUCCAAGCACUGGUGGAACGGAAGUGGGAGGAGUAUGGCUUUCAGUCGGUUUGA